CCGCUGAGGUGGCGGCGUGACGGCGCUGACGCAGGGGGUCGGCAUGGCGGGCUGCGGGCGCGGCGCGCGGCGCGCGACGUAGGGGAGGCUCGCAGGGAACGCUGCCGUCCUCGGGACCACUGGCGGGGCCUGUGCGAGGACCGCGUGGCUGAGGGGACGUGAGAAGGCGGACUGAGCGCCCGCGAGUGGCAGGAUGCUGGUGGUGGAGGUGGCGAACGGCCGCUCCCUGGUGUGGGGGGCCGAGGCGGUGCAGGCCUUGCGGGAGCGCCUGGGCGUGGGGGGCCGCACGGUGGGCGCUCUGCCCCGGGGCCCCCGCCAGAACUCGCGCCUGGGCCUCCCGCUGCUGCUGAUGCCCGAGGAGGCGCGGCUCCUGGCCGAGAUCGGUGCCGUGACCCUGGUCAGCGCCCCGCGCCCGGACCCCCGCCAGCACAGCCUGGCUCUGGCAUCCUUCAAGCGUCAGCAGGAGCAGGGCUUCCAGGAACAAAGCACCUUGGCGGCUGAGGCCCGGGAGAGCAGGCGGCAGGAGCUGCUGGAGAAGAUCGCAGAAGGCCGGGCGGCCAAGAAGCAGAAGCUGGAACAGGGCGCCGCGGACCGGGAGAGCCCGGCUGCGGGCGAGAGCCAAGCCGCUGCUGAGAGCCAGACCUCCGGGGAGACCCCGGCUGCCAGGACUACAGAGAUGGGUGCUAGGCCCGAUCCUGCGGAGCCCGAGGAAGCGGCUCAGGGCUCCUCAUCACCCCAGCCGGGACCUUCGAACGGGGUGGCCCCCUUGCCCAGGUCUGCCCUUCUGGUCCAGCUGGCCACCGCGCGCCCUCGGCCCGUCAAGGCGAGGCCCCUGGACUGGCGCGUCCAGUCCCCGGACUGGCCACACGCCGGCCGGCCGGCCCACGAGCUGCGCUACAGCAUCUACCGGGACCUGUGGGAGCGGGGCUUCUUCCUCAGCGCUGCCGGCAAGUUCGGGGGCGACUUCCUGGUUUACCCCGGUGACCCGCUCCGAUUCCACGCCCACUACAUCGCCCAGUGCUGGGCUCCCGAGGAUGACAUCCCCCUGCAGGACCUGGUCUCCGCGGGCCGCCUGGGCACCAGUGUCAAGAAGACGCUGCUGCUGUGUUCCCCGCAGCCCGACGGCAAGGUGGCCUACACCUCCCUGCAGUGGGCCAGCCUGCAGUGAUGGCCGCGGCUGGGGCACCCGCCUCUUAGCUCUACGCUCCCAGCACCCGGCACCCAGCACCCCUCCCGGUGCCCCUCACGUCUCGCAGCACGUCUAAGCUGUGCGGGUCUCCCGCAGUUAGUUGUUUCCAGAUUGUGGGCCUCUUGGGAGUGAAGGCUGGGUUUGGCCCAUCUCUUUCUGUGAGGCGUGGGUUCCAAGAGCUUUCAGUAAACUUGUGGAUAAACUUUG